UCUCUGCUGUUGCCUCGGUCCCACUCUCGUUUGUCAUCGCCAUUUCGAUUCCAGCAGAGACGAAGACGGUCCAGGCCGGAGAGCGCAAACCCAAACCUGAAUCUUCAUCGUCGUCUCCCUCCUUGGCGCUUUCCCUCCAAAAAUCUGAAGCCACUGUGAAAAUGGAGAAGUACUUACAGUACAUGAAGAUACUGCGCUCUCAGAUGAACGAUGUGGAAGAUCAAGCUACGAAGGUCUCAGUGGAGGAGCAGAUGCAAUUGACCACUAUUCAGACCUUAGAGAACGAUCUUAAUUCCGCAAUAUCCGAAACAAAACGAUUCAUGGAAGACAUUGAACAGAUGAAUAAGGCUAAGGGUCAAAUAUGCUCACAGAUUCAGGAAAGACAGAGAAGGAUAGUUUCUCUGGAGUCUGAUUCAUCCACCCUUAUCCAGAACUUGGAGCUUAUUGAACAAGAAAGGAUCAACCUGGCCGCCAAGCUUAUUGAGAAGAGCACUUACUACUUGAAAGUUUCAGAGGAUAUCACUGCUAAAUGGCAGCAACAAAAGACUACUACAGAUCUUGGAGAACCUGGAAUGGUUAAGGAUACAAUUGAUGAGCAAAGAGUUGAUACUCAGGGGAAGGGUAGCAUUGGUGACCACCUCUGCAUAACUGAUCAGGGCAAUAACGCAAGAAAGAAUCCAACGGAGAUGGUUGACUCUGCUAAAGUCAAGCUUGAUAAGAUUUUACAAAUGAAAUCUGAACUUGUCAUGGAGAACUACAAGAUGAAGCAAGCUAUUGAGCAAGAAAAUUGCAGGGAAAGUAAUUUUAAGAAUCCCAACUCAAGUAGCUGCACUCCAAAAAUAUCAAAGGGUCUAUGGCUCAUCUCCUUCAAAAGGAGAACACCUUAAGCAGAUAUCAACACCAGAUAUUGCUAAAUGCUUCUUUAACAGCAGCCUUGGCACGUACUAAACAAUUAACAAGCUCAAGUAUAUUUGUAGUUGCUUGAAUUGGAGCUAUCACAAGCAGAAAUAUGCCAAAGUCCGCUGCAACGCACGGGCAUCUUUCUAGUUAAUUUACCUAUUUACUAUAAUAUUACUGUUCUUGAUAUUUUUGAAUCAAUUUAUGUUUUAACCAAGCUCAUUGAUAUUAAUACAUUAUGUCUAUAACUUCUGUC